AUGAUGCAGGUUUGCGACACCUACAACCAGAAGCACUCGCUCUUUAACGCCAUGAAUCGCUUCAUCGGCGCCGUGAACAACAUGGACCAGACGGUGAUGGUGCCCAGCCUGCUGCGCGACGUGCCACUGGCCGAGCCCGGGCUGGACAACGGCGUCGGCGUGGAGGUAGGCGGCAGUGGCGGCUGCCUGGAGGAGCGCAAGCCCCCCGCCCCCGGCGCGGGCGGCGGCAACGGCAGCUUUUUCGCGCCCUCCCGGGACAUGUACAGCCACUACGUGCUGCUCAAGUCCAUCCGCAACGACAUCGAGUGGGGGGUCCUGCAGCAGCCGCCGCCGGCGGCGGGGAGCGAGGAGGGGAGCGCCUGGAAGUCCAAGGACAUCCUGGUGGACCUGAGCCACCUGGAGGGCGCGGACGCCGGCGAGGAGGACCUGGAACAGCAGUUCCACUACCACCUGCGCGGGUUGCACACUGUGCUCUCCAAACUCACGCGCAAAGCCAACAUCCUCACUAAUAGAUACAAGCAGGAGAUCGGCUUCAGCAAUUGGGGGCACUGAGGCGGGUUGCCCGCGGCUGCCCAGCACCCUUCCCGGCCCCAUCUCUCAUCCUCUCUUUCCUCAAAGCUAUUUUCUUUCUGGCUCUAGGGCACGAUGGGCAAACUGCAAAGUUGGGGGGCUGCGUACGUGCAGGGGACGCGGCAGGGCUGCAUGGAGGAGGGGUCUUCUUUGGGGAGAGGAGAGGAAAGCGGUGGCAGAAGAGGUGGGGUAGUGCUCAAGGAUUUCCCUCUCUCCCGCGGGGGUGGGGAGGGGGAAUGAGGGGGCUGUGUUCUACUUUGGUGGGAAUAGGACUGAGUUGACGCCCUGCAUUCAGUCUGUGCUUUUCCUGGAGUUUCUUUUCUGUUCUUUCCGGAGAAGGGCCGAGAAAGAGCCAUUCCAGGGCGCGGCGCUGGGUUGCCACAUUUGGGAGCGCCGCCUGGAGUUGGGCGCUAGGGAAGGCGGGGCGGGCGCACAGCCUCCCGCCGCCCUGCCGUUGGGCUGGUGGAGGCCGCAGCGCUGCUAGGGUUGCAUCAGUUUUCCUGUUUGCACUAUUUCUUUUUGUAACCGUGGCCCCGUCUUAAGUAUUUCCAAUCUCCUCGCUCUGAAACUUCGGCGAUUCCAUUGUGGUAGGCGCACAAACAGCACUGUCUGUCGGUAACCGGUACUACUUUAUUAAUGAUUUUCUGUUACACUGUAGAGUUGUCCUGUGGUACCCCUAUCCCAUCCUUUUCACACCACCCCCUCAAAGUGUGUAAGCUGGCACUGUGCCAGCUCGUACGAAGCGUGCCACUCAGUGAAAGUAAUGUUAUUAUGAGAAAGCGGACUUACCCGAAAUGGAACCAACUGACAUUCUAUCCGUGUUGUACAUAGAAUGAUGAAGGGUUCCACUGUUAUGUGUCUUAAAUUUAUUUAAAACUUUUUUAAUCCAGAUGUAGACUAUAUUCUAAAAAAUAAAAAAAAGCAAAUGUGUUAACGAAA